GUCAGUCUCAGUCGGUUGUCCUGUUUUUGUUUGACAGCAAUUAAUUAGGAAAAUAUUGAUAAAAAAGUGCAAUUUUUAUAUUAAGAAAACAUUUUUUACUUCUUGCUUACAUCGAAAGAUGAUCCAAAAUUGUUUAUAAUAACUUUAAAUUCAAAUACAAAUAAUCCAAUCUUGUUAUUGUAGGAACAAAACACACAAUAUUCGAUUUUUUUCGCUGCUUUUCAUUCGCUUUCACUGAUGCUCAUUAUGUGGCCCUGUUAAUAAUUUGUUUCAGCAUCGAAACUUAGUCCUCUUCGCUUUUCUAUUUUCAAAGGUUCUCAAGGAGCGCUGGGUAUAUCUAUAUGCAUGUAUGAUGGAGAAGCCAGACAACUCAAAAAGUUUCUGGAAGAGUAGCAGUCGCAUAGUCCCUGGUCGUCCAAGCCCAAAUGUAAACCUAAAAAUGGCCAACCCCACAAAGUCCUUUGGCAAGAAAUCAGGUGAUUCGACGUUCAAAGACUACCAAAUGUCUGUGAGUGAUGCGUGGGAUAUGGGUGAUGACGAAUGCUGCAUUCUAGAAAAGUCCAAUUCUCAACAAAACUCGGUCAGUCCAACUGAAGCAGCUUCCCACGACAUUUCAAUUGCUACUGCCAACAAUCAUGCUGUAGUUGAGUGCCAGGAGCAACCCAGAUCAGAUCCUAACUAUGAAAACCGAUGUAGAAAUCGCAGAUUCGAUGUUUAUCCAGGAUGGCCACAACUUCAAAAACUCAGUUCGACGCCCGAAGAGUACGAGGACAGCCAGUCGAAAAUCAGUAAGCUCUCUGCUCUAAUAGAAUCGCCAUUUUUAAAUUUCGCAGAUCUUAAGCAAAUUAGUUGGUCCGGAAUACCCAAGCAAAUGCGAGCCAUAACUUGGAGACUCCUCUCCAAGUACCUUCCGCCGAACGGCGAGCGAAGGAACUAUGUGCUACAAAGCAAACGCCAAAGCUACUGCGAGCUCCGCAGUAAGUACUUCAUGGUUGACAGCAAGGAUGAGAGCCAGCAAGAUACCUACCGCCAAAUUCACAUCGACGUCCCUCGAAUGAAUCCCCACAACAUGCUCUUCAAACAGGAACUGGUUCAGGAGAUGUUCGAACGUAUUCUCUUCAUCUGGGCUAUUCGCCAUCCGGCUUCAGGCUACGUCCAAGGAAUAAAUGAUCUAGUAACUCCAUUCUUCAUUGUCUUCCUACAGGAAGCCUUCGGAGUUAAUGGCUUCGAGCUGGAGAAGAUCCAAUUCAAAGAUCUGUCCGAGGAAGUUCGCCACGCCAUCGAAGCGGAUUCCUUUUGGUGUCUGUCCAACUUUCUAGAUUGCAUCCAAGAUAAUUACAUUUUUGCACAACUCGGCAUUCAGGAAAAGGUCAAUCAGCUAAAGGAUCUCAUCCACCGCAUCGAUGGCACACUCCAUCGACAUCUUCAAGAUCAGGGAAUCGAUUAUCUGCAAUUCUCCUUCCGCUGGAUGAACAAUCUUCUAACUCGUGAACUUCCGUUACACUGCACCAUCAGACUAUGGGACACAUAUCUAGCCGAAUCGGAUGGCUUUGCUCAGUUGCAUUUGUACGUGUGCGCCGCAUUUUUAUUACAUUGGCGAACUCAACUACUCAAUCAAACUGACUUUCAAGGUUUGAUGAUAAUGCUGCAAAAUCUUCCAACAUACAAUUGGUCCGAUAGGCAGAUAAAUAUUUUGGUAGCUGAAGCUUUUCGAUUAAAAUUCACUUAUGCCGACACCCCAAAGCAUUUGGAGGGGAAGAGUUGAUAAUUUAACAUAUAUAUUUAUAUAAAUAUAAUAAUGAAAUGUAUUACUUAGAAUGUUCAUGUAAUGUUUAAUAAUAAUCUUAUUGUGGGAAUAUCAACAUAAAAAUUUGUAAAACAUGUAUAAUUAUAAAAUAAAUGCUAUUCGCAAAAAAGGGGUCGUCGAUACAA